UGGUUUACCUCUCAGACUCCAGAAGAUGAAGGAUUUAGAGGACGAGGAGGACGGAGCAGAGUCUCUGAUAUCCAGCCAUCUGUCUAUGAAGAGCGACCGGUCUAAAGGUCUUCCUCCAGACUACAGUAAUGAACCUGGACCCGCAGACACAAAAGGGAGGAAGAGGAGGGGUGUUUCUGUGGAGGAGCAGCUGUCCUGCUGUUCUUUGUGUCAGGACGUCCUGAAGGAUCCAGUCUCUACCAGCUGUGGACACUGGUUCUGCGGACAGUGCAUCACCUCAUACUGGGACCAGUCUGCUUCAUCAGAAGACUCCUCUUGUCCCCAGUGUGCAGAAAGAUCCAGGACAAGACCUGGACUGCAGACAGACAGUCAGACCAGCACUGUACAAACAGAAAGUGGUCUGCAGGAGGUUUUAGAUGAACAUAAGAUCAGUCUGAGGAGGAGAUGUGAAUGUGUGACUGAAGGAACUGAUGAAGCAGGAAGUGAAACCCUCCUCAAUAGGAUCUACACUGAGCUCUACAUCACAGAGGGACAGAGUGAAGACGUUAAUACCCAACAUGAGGUGAGGCAGCUUGAAGCAGCUUCCAAGAUGGAGACCCUCCAUGACACUCCAAUCAGGUGUCACGACAUCUUUAAAGUCUUACCUGACCAACAGAAACACAUCAGAGUCGUUCUGACCAACGGCGUCGCUGGCGUUGGAAAAACCUUCUCAGUGCAGAAGUUCACUCUGGACUGGGCAGAGGGCUUGGAAAACCAAGAUGUCAGUCUGGUGAUUCUGCUUUCAUUCAGGGAGCUGAACUUGAUCAAAGAUGAGCAGUACAGUCUCCUCAUGCUGAUCCAUGUUUUCCAUCCAACAUUACAGAAGGUCACAGCAGAGAAGCUCGCUGUCUGGAAAGUUUUGUUCAUCUUUGAUGGCCUGGAUGAAAGCAGACUUUCACUGGAUUUCAACAACAGGAAGGUCAUGUCUGAUGUCACACAGAAGUCAUCAGUCAACGUGCUGUUGACAAACCUCAUCGAGGGGAAGGUGCUUCCCUCGGCUCUCGUCUGGAUAACUUCCCGACCCACAGCAGCCAGUCAGAUCCCUCCUACAUGUGUUGACAGGGUAACAGAAGUACGAGGCUUCACUGACGCCCAGAAGGAGAAGUACUUCAGGAGGAGAUUCAGUAAUAAAAAGCUGCCCAGCAGAAUCAUCUCACACAUCAAGACAUCCAGGAGCCUCCACAUCAUGUGUCUCAUCCCAGUCUUCUGCUGGAUCACUGCUACAGUUCUGGAGCACAUGUUGACUACAGACCAGAGAGGAGAGCUGCCCAAGACCCUGACUGACAUGUACUCACACUUCCUGCUGGUUCAGACAAAGAAGAGGAGGCACAAGUAUGAAGGUCAUGAGAUGAGUCCACAGGAGUUGACAGAGGCCGACAGGGAACUUCUUCUGAAGCUGGGGAGGCUGGCGUUUGAACAUCUGGAGAAAGGAAACAUCAUGCUCUACCAAGAAGACCUGAAGAAGUGUGGUCUUGAUGUCACAGAGGCCUCGGUGUUAUCAGGAGUUUGUACAGAGAUCUUCAAAAGAGAGAGUGUGAUCUUCCAGAAAACAGUCUACUGCUUUGUUCAUCUGAGCGUUCAGGAGUUUCUGGCUGCAGUCUACAUGUACCACUGUUACACCAACAGGAACACAAAGGUACUGGAGGACUUCCCAGGAAAAUACUACACUUACUCAUCUCUGGAUAACUUCCUGAUGAGAGCCAUGAAGAAAUCUCUCAGACGUGAAAAUGGCCACCUGGACCUGUUUGUGCGCUUCCUUUAUGGCCUCUCUCUGGAGUCCAACCAGAGUCUCUUAGGAGGCCUGCUGGGUCAGACAGAGAACAGUUCAGGAAUCAUCCAGAGAGCCAUCAACAACCUGAAGAUGAUGAACACUGAGGAUAUCUCUCCUGACAGAAGCAUCAACAUCUUCUACUGUCUGAUGGAGAUGAACGACUGCUCAGUACAUCAGGAGAUCCAAGAGUUCCUGAAGUCAGAGAACAGAUCAUGGAAGAAACUCUCUGUGAUUCACUGCUCAGCUCUGGCCUACAUGCUGCAGAUGUCAGAGGAGGUUCUGGAUGAGUUGGACCUGGAGAAGUACAACACAUCACGGGAGGGACGAUGGAGACUGAUCCCAGCUGUGAGGAACUGCAGAAAGGCUCGGUAA